AUAAACCAGUACUCUGUAAAUUUCUUAAAUUACCUAGCGGGUGCCAGUAUGUAUACAGGAGAGGAAUUCGCAUCCGACUGCGCAAGCGACAAGGAUUAUUUUGUCGAUCGUGAGAGGUCAGGCACGGUGGACAGUUAUGAAUUAAGUGACAAGCCGGAAACAAAAAUGUAUACUCAAUCAUUCAACCAUUCCGCGCGUACUUUGCGUAAGCCACGGCAAUUUGCAUUUUCUAAAAAUGGCAACAACAUAACAGACGGGGAUGAGCUGCAGUCGGAUGAAGAAGCUGAUAAAUCGCACUCGGCUGCUCUUUGGGCAGAUUUCCUUAGCGAUGUUAGUGUAGAAAGUAAAACCACACCAAAAACAGAUGAUGCUGGAGAAGGGGUCAAUAUCAUUAGCAAACCAGAAGUAAAACUAGAGGAAGCGGAACACACAUUAAACAACACCGUUAUCAAGAAAAAGCAGACUAAACCUAUUUUAGGUUCAAGGCCCGUGACAUUUAAACGACCGUUAUGUAAAGACAAAAUCGGCUCUCUUAUCAAUAAACCAGAAAAGAAAAAAAAAUUAUCAUUGCUAGAAAAGUCCCAGAUGGAUUGGAAAAAUUUUAAAAAAUAUGAAGGCAUAGACGAGCAACUGCGAACCCAUAACAAAGGCAAGGACGGAUAUUUGGACCGUCAAGAGUUUUUGGAGAGAACCGAUCUCAGGCAGUUCGAAAUAGAGAAAAACUUACGGCAAUCUCGCAGGCAAAAUUGAUGCACAACCCAUCACAUUUAUGUAGAGAACGUUCUUGGACAAUUCAUUCCUUUUAUGGUAUAACUAACGUUAAUAAUAAUUAGUUUAUGUAUUGUCAGUGCAUAAGUAUCGUAUCAGCUAUUAUAUUUGUAUUGUUUCGUAAUAAUACUACUACUAAAACUCCAUAUAGAAAAUUGUAUGAGAGCUCAUAUAUAAAUUUCGAAUUCAGGUGUGAUUUCACACACGCUUUAUACGUGUUCGUCGUAUGGGCGGUCACCUCGUGACACGUCCCACGGGAAAUCGCUCGUGUAAAUCAGAAUAUAUACAAUAAGGUGUCACCUACGAAAAUAGAGAAUAUUUCCUUCACUCCCCUGUGUCCUGGGUGAAAUCAAGUACGACAUUAAACAAAAAAUCAUUAACAAUUUCAUUACCAAAA